AUGAAAGAUUGUGGCGGUUCAGCAGCAGUUCAUGAUAUUCAGCUAUCGCAGCUUCCCCGUCAGGCUUUCAAGGAGAUAUCAGAUCAGAUUCCCGUAUUUUAUUAUGAUUGGUCCGGUCGUUCAGCAAUUGAUAAGAAGCGAACUGUGAAACAACAGUUUAAUUCAAUGAUAACUGGGAAUGCGCAAAUGGUGUUUAUGUGGUGGGAACUUAAUAUGGACACGGAGGGCAAAAUAGUAAUUAGUUGUGCACCUUGGUGGGGUCACCCAGAUGCUGAUCUAUCGUCAGAGAGGCCCCAAGACUCCAUACCCUGGAGAGACCACUGGAUGCAAGCGGUCUACUAUCUUCCACAAACCAUGGCAGUUACAAAAGAUCAGGAAGUCACCCUGGUCUCAUGUCAGGAUGAGUACUCACUGUGGUUUUAUUUACAAAACAACCAAACCCAACCAAAAAACUAUAAAAGGCCAAUAUGUGAAUGUGGUGUACAUAUGGCUCUAUCAAGAACACACGUUUCAUACUUAAAUGACGGAAGACGAAGUAAAAAACUCCUUGGACAGAUUAAAAAAGAACUGUCAAAAGAUUCCAUAGUAUUGGACCUCAAUGGUAGCAGCCUCCUCGGUGUUGCCGCUGCGAAAAUUUCAAAAUUCGUCUACAUUUUGGAACCUAUGCAGCUACAUAUCGGUAUACUAAAUGAUUACAUACAAGAAAACGCCAUAGACAACGUUAGAAUAAUACCAGAGAUUACAAAGGAUGUUCUCAGUGAAGUGACGAGUGUUAUCUGUGACCCGAAUUUCAGUUCGGCGAUAUUGCCGUGGGAAAAUUUAAAAGUUGCAUAUUUAUUGCACAAAUAUAAGUUGGAGUCUGUGUGCUUGCCUGACGGUUGUGAAUUUUGGGCGAUGCCGGUGGAAUUUAAUGAUUUACAUAAAAUUCGGGUUCCGUUAAAUGUGUGCGAGGGCAUUGACAUGACAAUAUUUGAUGGACUUGUUGAGAAUUCUCGAUUAAUAAGCGAUGCCGAGAUCGAAGAACAGCCACUAUGGGAGUACCCCUGCAAGUGCCGAGGAAGUCCACGGAAGCUGGCCGAGAUCAACUUCAAAGAUCUUAAGCCUACGAUGGCUGGAGAUGGCGUCUUUGAUAUUGUAGAUGCAUCUGAUGGAAGCCACAAUAUAAACGGUUUUGCGAUAUGGGCUAUGUGGAUAGUUGGCGGCAAGCAAAUGAGCGCCGGCCCAACCGAUUUGCCAAUGCUGGGCCAACUCGUGGAAUGGGACAUGCAUACGAGGCAGGCCGUUAAGAUAUUGAAACACCCACAAGUACUAAACAGUACGGACAAGUGGAGUUACCAAGUUGUAUGCGAUUUGGAGAAGGGACAAUUUAACCUGUCAAUAGAUCUUGUUAAUAAAAAUUAG